GGGACUGCGAACCUUCAGGGUUAAAACAGGGGGGGAUCGGGUUUGUUAUUGAUUAUACCAAGUGGGUUUCUGAGGGUUCGGGGGGUCUCGGCUCUUCCCCGGAGCUUCCCCGGUGACAGGCGGUUGUUUUUAGGCAGAAUUAUCCCUCUCUCCCGCGGCCUCGGGAAGCUCCGUGCCCCCGCGGAGCAGCUCCGUGCGGCCUCGGGAAGCCUCGUCCCCCCGCGGAGAGGCUCCGGUUCCCGGCUCUGCUGCAGCGGGGACACGCUGCUUGUCUCUGGCUCCUGGAGACUCGAACCUCUGCCUCAGCUGCGGGUUCGAAUCCCGGGGGUCUCUCAGCUCCUAUUGACCUCCAGGCUGCAGCUUCUUCCCAAACACACACGUCCAGCUCCUGAAUACUCUGACAACAGCUGUGACAAUAAAGAAAUCCACUCAAGUUUGCACAGAUUCACCUUUGACCCCGCCAGCCCCACUCCCUGUCACUCAAUGCAUUGUUAUUAAUCAUAAUCUGACACCUACGUAUUACCUUCUGAUGCCUUUUUUCACUCUUGCUGCUGCAAUAUAUUGCAAAGUUCUAAUAACACAUUAUUCAUCUUAUCCUAUCUCAUCUCAAUCAUCCACAUCCUCUUGUCCUUGUGCAUCACAGGCCUCCCCCGGCUGUCUCCGGAGGGAAGUGAGCUGCCAUGGAGACCAAGCAGGAGCCCUCCGCUGUGUGGAGUCAGGCGGCGAGCAGCGACUCAGAGAACGCCACUCAGGUGCAUUUUGAAGGCAGCACCGUGGCCCAGAUAGUUUACAGCGGCGAGCAGGCGGACCGGGGACAGCAGCAGGUGGUUUACACAGCGGACGGGAACUCCUUCGCCUCGGUGGAGUCUGCAGAACACACGCUGGUCUACAUCCACCCUGCAGACGGCACUCAGGCUGUAUUUGCUGAUCAGCCACAGGUGGCUUACAUUCAGCAGGAUGGUACGACCCAGCAGGUCACGGUUCUGCUGCCCAGCGGACAGAACAUGAACACUGCCAAUCUGCACGUUCUGAGUAAUGUAGCAGACGCCCCACAAGCGAUUCUGGAGCCUGUGACGCAGGAGCAGCUGUCGGUGUCGACCUCCCUCACCUCCAUGGCGGACAUGGCCGAGCCCCCCUCCAGUCCCCUCGGGGCGACGGACUCCACAGAUGAUUCUGAAGAGGAAGAGGAAGAGGAGUCUGAGAUUGAUGAGUGGGAGCCUUGUCAGCCUCAAUCAUUCAACCCUCACAAUCUCUGGUGCGAGGAGUGUAACAACGCCAACGUCUCAGUCUGUCUGAAGCACGGUCCGCUGCACCCCAUCCCGAGCCGGCCCGUGGUGUCCAAGGCCCGGGCCAGUCUGCCCCUGGUCCUCUACAUGGAUCGCUUCCUGGGGGGGGUGUUCUCCAAGAGACACAUCCCAAAACGCACCCAGUUCGGCCCGGUGGAAGGACCCCUGGUUCCUCAGAGCGACCUGCAGGACCACUACCUACAUCUGAAACUGUGUGUGCUGGAUGGAGACAAAGAAGAACACAAGUCUAACGACAUGUGGUUGGACCUGUCUGAUGAGGACAGCUGUAACUGGAUGAUGUUCGUGAGACCUGCUCUGAACCACCUGGAGCAGAAUCUGGUGGCGUAUCAGUACGGCUCGGAGAUAUUUUACACGACCAUCAAGAACGUCCGGCCGAAACAAGAGCUCAAGGUGUGGUACGCAGCAUCAUAUGCAGAGUUUGUCCAUCAUAAGAUCCACGACGUGACGGAAGAAGAGAGAAAAGUCCUUCAUGAGCAAGAGAAGAACUGGCCGUGCUACGAAUGUAACUGUCGCUUUGUGAGCUCCGAACAGCUGCAGCAGCAUCUCAACAUGCACGACGACAAGUUUAACGCUGCGACCAGAUCCAAAAGCCGAGGUCGAGGAAGAAGCAGGAAGAGGUUUGGGACAGGAAGAAGACCAGGGCGGCCGCCGAAGUUUAUACGCCUGGAUCCACCAGUAGAGACUGGUGAGGACAAGACAACACAGGAGAUGCUGGAACUGACGGAGAAGCAGCCGCUGGAGGAGCAUGAGGAGGCAGCUCAGAACGGGCUGAAGGUGGUGGAGCUGGAGCUGGAGACUGAGGUCGGGACGGAGCUGGAGGAUCAGCUCAUACCUCCAGCAGAGGAACCGGUCACAGAAUCCAUCAUCCCACCCUCCAUCCCGGAGCUGCCUGUGUCCCUGAAGGAGGACCCGGCACAGCACAGCCAAUCAGAAGGCCACCUCACGUCUCAGGAUAUGCGCCGGGCCAAGAGGAUACGGAAUGCAGCACUGCAGCACCUUUUCAUCAGGAAAAGCUUCCGUCCCUUCAAGUGCACGCACUGUGGCAAGGCCUUCCGGGACAAAGACAAGCUGGAGCAGCAUCUGCGGGUCCACGGCCGCGACGCCUACACCUUCACCUGCCACAUCUGCAGCAAGAGCUUCAUGAGCGACUCGGCCCUGGAGGACCACCUGCUGGUGCACACGGAGAACCGCACCUACGCCUGCCUCCUCUGCCAGGACACCUUUGAAAAGCUGGACCUGCUCAAAGACCACAUAGUGGUGCAUGCUGUGGACGGGUGCUUCACCUGUCCCUCCUGCAAGAAGAAGUUCACGGACUUCAUCCAGGUGAAGAAGCAUAUACGCUGCUUCCAUUCAGAGAAGAUCUUCCAGUGCCCUCACUGCGACAAGGCCUUCUGCCGGCCGGACAAGCUGCGUCUGCACAUGCUGCGCCACUCGGACCGCAAGGACUUCCUGUGCUCGACAUGUGGAAAACAGUUCAAGAGGAAAGAUAAGCUGCGGGAGCACAUGCAGCGGAUGCACAAUCCGGACCGAGAGGCCAAGAAGGCCGAUCGGAUCCUCCGCUCCAAGACCCUCAAGCUGAAGGUGCCCAACUCGGACUUCGAGAGCUUCAUGUUCAAAUGCCGAGUGUGCAUGAUGGGAUUCAGACGCAGAGGAAUGCUGGUUAAUCACUUGUCCAAGCGUCAUCCUGAGAUGCGGAUCGAUGACGUGCCGGAGUUAACGCUGCCAAUCAUCAAACCCAACAGAGAUUACUUCUGCCAGUAUUGUGACAAGGUCUAUAAGAGUGCCAGCAAGAGGAAAGCCCACAUCCUGAAGAACCACCCGGGGUCAGAACUGCCUCCGAGCAUCCGUAAGCUGCGACCAGCUGCUCCCGGGGAACCGGACCCGAUGCUGAGCACACACACGCAGCUGACCGGAACCAUCGCCACCGCCCCGGUCUGCUGCCCACACUGCGCCAAGCAGUACAGCAGCAAGACUAAGAUGGUGCAGCACAUCAGGAAGAAACAUCCAGAGUUUGCUCAGCUCGCCAACUCCAUCCAGGCUCCUCUGACCACAGCUGUCAUCAGUAGUUCUCCUGCCGUCGUCAGUGCAGACGGAGCCACAGCCGAGACUGUAGUGACCACAGAUCUGCUGACGCAGGCCAUGACCGAGCUUUCACAAACACUCACGACAGACUACCGCACGGGGCAGGGCGACUACCAGAGGAUCCAGUACAUCCCCGUCUCUCAGACCGGAGGCAACCAGUCCCAGCACAUUCAGCUGCAGGUGGUGCAGGUGGCUCCGGCCUCCUCUCCACACUCACAGCACCCGACAGAUGUGAGUCAGCUGCACGACCCUCACGGCUACAGUCAGCACUCCAUCCAGGUCCAACACAUCCAGGUCACCGGGCCGCCAGGCACCGGGCAAGGCGCCACGCAGGUAACUGGUCAGCCACUAAGCCCCACCUCCCAGCAGCCCAGUCAGGAGCUAAGCCCCACCCAGUUGACCCCCGUCACUUUAUCCCAGAGCCACACGCUGCAGACCAGCAGCUCCCAGUCGCAGCAGGGGACCGUCCAGCACGCCUACAUCCCCGGGAACUGGAACUACCGAGGCUACUCGUCGGAGAUCCAGAUGAUGGCUCUACCUCACGCACAGUAUGUGAUCACCGAGGCCAGCCAGCCUGGGGCCGGAGUCAACAACAACCAGGUGAAAACGACGCACUACGUGAUCUCCGAGGGUCAGACCGAGCUGGAGUCCAAGCAGCCGGUUCCCCAGGGCACGACGCAGGCCCACGCCGAGCAGCUGGAGCAGCAGCAGCAGCAGCAGCCCAACAACUCCCAAGGCCCCACCCAGUACAUCAUCACCACGACGACCAACAGCAGCGGCGCCAGUGAAGUUCACAUCACAAAACCCUGAAGCGCAAAGUGACGAACUCUCGCCGAGACCGACCACGCAUGCAGACCUCAGACGCUCGUACGCACACGAACGGGCAAACACAAAGUCAUAUGCAAACGGAAAAAAACAGAUUCAUACGGAAGUGAAGAAUGAAGGGAUGAAGGUGACGAGCACAGUUUUAUGUGUCUGUCAGUUUAACAGAAAUAAAAAAGGAAAACAGAAUCAAGAAAAAUUAUGGACUUAUUCAGAGAUAUGUGCAGGGUUCCUGUGUGAAUAUGAAAUAUUACAGAAAUCACGUUAAUGUCCGGAAAAGUUGCACAAGUUUUGUUUUGCUUAGUUCUUACACUUUGUUUUGUUGCCAUUUUACAUAUUUAUAAACUUAUUGACAUUUCUUGAAGUAAAAUAUUUGUAACUGAAAGUCUGGAGAGAGCGUGGAAAAAUAUGGAGGACACUGUACAGGACGGCUCGUUGUGUUUGUGUGAGUGAACCACACACCCUCUGUUGUGUAGUGUGUUUGUCAUUGUGGCUGAAAUCUGGUGUGAUUUAAUUCUCCCUGAACUUCCUCCUUGAAAUGUGUCACACGUUUGUUGUUUUAAUUCACAUGCUGGUUUGUUUUACUCCUUUUCUUUCUUCAUUGUCAACAACUACAACGUCUGUGCUUUUGUAAUAAAACUUUAGAAAAGCAAACACAAUCA